AUGACACCACAACCACAAGGACCUGUUCUCAGUUCUUGGCGCAUCACCAUGACCAGCCUUCGACUAGCGACGUGUCAGCAGAGAUCGAUCAGCGGUGGUCGCCGACGUCAGCGAGUCCCGGCCGGCAAAUCGGAAGUAGCCGACUUCAACUGCCCGGAAGACUUCGGUUAUUACCCGCACCCGACUGACUGCUCCCAGUACUACGUCUGUGUGUUCGGCGGAGCCCUUCAGGAGUCCUGCACUGGAGGACUCGUCUACAGCCACGAACUGCAGACCUGCGACUGGCCACGCAACGUCGUGUGCAACCUGACGCAGGCGGGGUCGGGGGUGUCCACCGUCAGGAUCACAGACCCCCGCACGCGAUCGAACCCCGUCAGGCCAGUCACUGAACCCCUGACGUCGUCUGUGAGCAGCUUCGACGACCGCCUCGACAACAGCCUCCGUUCGUCCCAGAGUCUAAGAGCUUCCAACGCUUUCGACAACAGCGACAAGGCCAACAGGCAAGCUCGCUUCUUCAGGGAACAACAGGAACCGAAACAGCAGGUUGUCAGUUCCCAGCGAUUCCAGAACCUCUUCACGGACGCGGCGGUCCAAGAAUCCAACAGACGCCUUGUCAACACUGCUCCCAUUGUAUUGAGCAUCCCUUUCCCUCUGCCGCCACAGCAAGGUUUUGGCAGGAGUCACCUCAGCACCGCCUGCAGGAGUCCUCACCUGACGCAGCAGCAGCAGCGUCCCCCAGGAAUAGCCAUCCCCCGCCAACCCCUUCGGGAACUUCCAGCACUUCAGCCACUUCGGAGACCUUUGGACACGAGCGCCUUGCCGCACGGCCAGGGCAGGCAGCCUCCGUCCCAGCAGCAGAAUCUCCUUCCUCUCAGGCCGCAGCAAUUCGCCCUAGGGCCUCAGGUCGAUAUCCCUUCCGCCCCCCAGGCCCCAGGUUGUCUCCCUUCCGCGCCCAGGCCCCAAGCCGACCCUUUCCGCGCCGCCCGGCCCCAGGUCUUCCCGUACCGGCGCACCCCCCUUCAGACCGACGCCUUCCUGCCCCGCCCCCACCCCGGGUCCUUCCCCCACCUCGAGUCGGUCGCUCAGCCCUUCGUGCCGGAGGAAGCCAAGCCUGUCGCCCCGCCCAGCCCCUCCCAAAUCCCCUCGCACUUUGUUGUCCCUGGCCCAGAGUCCUCAGCGCCCCUUCGACCAGAAGUCCCUCCUCCGCCCGAGGAGGCAGCCAGUCUUCCCUCCUCCACCCGAGAGGCAGCCAGUCUUCCCUCCUCCUCCCCAGGAAAGCAGCCAGUUUCCCUCCCUCGCCCGCCACUCGAAGGGCGCCCUCAGUUCCCCUCCUCCGCAGCCAGGACCCGCCGUUUUCCCCCCAGCCUUUCGAUCCCGAAUCCCACAGACCUUUUCUUAACCACACCAGCCCGCGACCCACCACCUUCGCCCCUCGCCACACCACACCGGCGCCUCGCCCACCACAUUCGCCCCUCGCCACACCACACCAGCACCCCGCCCCACAACACUAUCGCCUCGCCACACCAUCCCCAUCCGCACGACCCAAAACCUCGCCCAACUACCGAAGCCACGACCUACGACGCCCCGAACAGUCCCCCCAGUCCCGCUACCGUUGCCACCACCCCUGCAACUCGUCCCACCCGACGACCCCCCUCCCCCACCUCCUCCCCUACUCGCCUUAACCGCCGCCCCCCCAAAGUCACCACCCCCAAGACCCCCUUCUCCAGACAGAGGUCGACAUUCCCCCCCUUCAGGAAAGUGGUCUCGGCCGAGUCCCCCGAAAACGUGAUCUCGUUAAGCAAACCGCCUCAGGUCCCUGGCACUGCCCGACACCCCGAACUCUCGCGACUGCCUGCGAGUUCUUCCCAGACUUCUGACUCGAUCCCGCCCACCCCCAACCACCUCCCCACCCACGACGACCAGCAAUCAUCCAGACCGCGCCAGCCCACUCCUGCUCCCCGUCCAGCUCCUCAGCCAACUGUCACUCCUUCCGUUGAUGACGCUUUCUACGGCGAUCUGAACUUCACUGAUGCUGAUUACUUCUACUAUUACGACCUCUACGACGUAGAUUACUACGACAACGCUCCAACUGCUACACCUGCUCCAGUCAGACGCCCAGUAACUGCAGCUCCAACCAGCGCGGUUGAGUUCGAGACCCGACCUCCACCGCGUUCAACCACAACCACCACCACAAGUACCACCACAACCACAACCAAACCCCGUCCUCGCACUACUACCACCACCACCACCACCACCACCACCCCCGCCGGUCCUAAAUUGAGGCCUAUUCCUGAAAGACGUCGCGUGGCUGCCUCUAGCUCCAAGUCUUUCUCACGGGGAGGAACUGCAAGAAGUGGAUCUUCUCUCCCCUCUAGUAACUCCCCCACUCCCUCUUCCUCCCUCCGGGCGUCGAGCUCUCCUUCCAGGCAGACGGCGUCGUCCUCCAGGAGCCAGCCCCUUCCCUCCUCCUCCUCCUCCUCCAGGUCAAGACGCCCAAGCACUUCCUCCACUUCUUCUUCGUCCAAUCGCGGUCCCCCCGCUUCCUCCUCCUCUUCUUCUUCUUCGUCCUCCAGUGGCCCCGUGACGGUCGACAACUCGGUGCCAAAGAGGAGUAGGCGUCCAACCUUGAAGCCUGUGUCAGAAAUCGCUCCCUCGGGUGCCACGUCCUCCGUCGAUAUCUGGAAAUAUCCCCCGAGGAGGCCAGCCCCAGUCCGACCCCAGCCCCCCGUGGACACCAAGGCCACGAAAUGCGACCCCAAAGUGUGUGUUCUCCCAGACUGCUACUGCGGCGGAAAGGACAUCCCAGGUGGUUUCGCCCCCGAGACAGUUCCUCAGAUUGUCCUUUUAACAUUUGACGAUGCCGUGAACGAUCUCAACAAGGGGCUAUACCGCGACCUCUUUGAAGUUGGGCGAACCAACCCCAACGGAUGCCCUAUUGCCUCCACCAUGUAUGUUAGUCACGAGUGGACUGACUACUCCCAGGUUCAGAACCUUUAUGCUGACGGACACGAAAUUGCCUCACACUCAGUGUCGCAUAGCUUCGGCGAGCAGUUCUCCAUCAAGAAAUGGGCUAAGGAGAUCGCAGGACAGAGGGAGAUCAUGGCAGCCUAUGGUGGCGUCAAGAUGGAGGAUGUGAGGGGCAUGAGAGCACCCUUCUUGGCUAUUGGCGGCAACAAGAUGUUCAAGAUGUUAUACGACUAUAACUUCACCUACGAUUCAUCCAUGCCGGUGUAUGAGAACAAACCCCCCAGCUGGCCUUACACCUUGGAUUAUAAGAUCUUCCAUGACUGCAUGAUCCCACCCUGUCCCACCAACUCUUAUCCUGGAGUCUGGCAAGUGCCCAUGGUGAUGUGGCAGGACCUGACUGGCGGCCGUUGCUCCAUGGGCGACGCCUGCACCACGCCCCCCGACGCUGAGGGAGUCUACAAGAUGCUGAUCAAGAACUUCGAGAGACACUAUACCAGCAACAGGGCUCCCUUCGGCCUGUUCUACCACGCCGCUUGGUUCACCACACCUCACCACAAGGAAGGGUUCAUCGCCUUCCUGGACACCAUCACCGCCAUGGACGACGUCUGGCUCGUCACUAACUGGCAGCUCCUCCAGUGGAUGCGCGACCCUCAGCCCCUGAGCACAGUCAAGAACUUCCCUGCGUUUGGCUGCAAUUACCCUGACCGCAAGCGUUGCACCAGCACCAAGGUCUGCAACGUCUGGCACAAGGGAGGCGUACGUUACAUGCGGACGUGCCAACAGUGUCCCGAGAAGUAUCCCUGGACUGGCAACACCGGCGUCAACAGCCCCCUUAACGAUCUCUAAAGAGGACCCUAACUUAUUGCCCCAUCUCACGACUGUGAUCUUGUGAUUUUUUUCGUCCGAGCUUGUCGUUUCAGGACCACCGGGGGUCGUCGGAGGUCGUCGAAGUAUGGCCAGGAAAGGAGCUGUUUACGAGGAAGUUAUCGUGAAAUUGGAUGUUUUUUGGGAUAAUUUUAUCGUAUGUAGAACGACCCCGUGCUUCUGAACGAACAUGAUGUGACGGCACACGACUGAACGCCUAUUACGCAAGGUUAAUUAGGUUUAAGCACCUGUGUUAAAAUAUUUCGAAAUCAUUGCCAUUUUACAAUCGGAACAAAGAGAGGCCCUUGUUGCCCUUAAAAUACGUGUUUCAUGCCCACGCAAUCAUUCUUAAACACUUAUACGCUUUACUUAGUUUGGUAAACAGUGCAAACUCCUAUGGAGUCCUUUUUAUUAGAACGUAAUUUUUUACAUAUUCACAAAAAAUCGCAAUAAAAUACAAAAAAGAGCUAUCCACACACAACUAUUCCAUUUGCAAAAGUGGCAUGAAGCAAGUCCUCAGUAAACUUCCUUUUAUUGUAAUAUUUUGACCCUUAACCUUGGCGAUAUUAAAAGUGUCAUUAUCAGGUCCUGUUAAACUGCACGACGUUGAAAUAAUCUUCAUUUUCAAAAUAUACAAGAGAAUGAACUUUAUUGAACCUAAGUAAAGGUUUAAAGAGUCUGGUAAUGUCACACACAAUAUAGACUAAGAGAUGUAGAUAUGUAUAUAGACAUUUCAUUUUACAUGUUAUAACUGUACCCUUGAGCAUAUGGUUGAAAAAAGAGAUGUUCUGGCUAUAUCAGUGCAAUAAAUAAUAAAUAUUAGCUCCGCUCUAUAUUAGAUACUUCCCCGAAAACUAACUAACCCCCAUCAAUAUUGGACUGUAGAAAGGUACGUUGCUCUACUGGCAUUCCUUAUAAAUAUUUGUUCAUGUUGACGUAUCCCCCCCUUUUUUUAUACACAAGAUAAAUAUUUUUGUCAAGUAUACCUUUUAAAAGAUUUUUUUUACGAUUUAUUUUUUUGUUUGUUCGUUCCUUUUUUUUCUCUCUCUAUUUCUUUUAAUUUCUUCCUUUGAUUUGAUGUGCCAAGGGAGCACUUAUGUAAAAGGUGAAGACGCUGUGGAAAAUAGUUUUUGUUUUUAUGGCGUUGGUGUGUAGAAGGACCGAUUAAAAAAAAAAACCCUCAGGGCUGAGGUUUCACGCACGCGAGACGGAAGCUGACGACGGAAAAGUUAUUCAUAGUUCCCCCUGUGAAGUCACGUGGUUUAUAGCACCAUUUUCUUUAUAUUCGUGAUCCUUCGGGUUAAACUUGAAUGACUUUCCUGCGCUGGAGGAAAGUAUUACUAUUGUUAUUUCUGUAUAUUUUUUUUUCUAUUUUUUUAAUAUCCUGUUUGUAAUUUCUUGAGCUACCAUAACUCAAGAAAAUAUUCACAUUCAGAUUCGAGUAUUAAAAACAUCUUUACUCAUGAACAUAAAGAUCAUUUGUUAUGCAAAAAAGAACAAAUUUCCCCUUCUCUAACUGUGACGUUAAACAGAAUGAAAUAUUAAUAAUUUGUAUAUUAAAAGAAAAUAAAAGAUCAAAGACUCAUAUAAUGGAAGGGGCAUCUUUCUUGCUCCCGAAAAUAAAUGAAAAAUUCAACUGAUAAAAUGAAUAAACUUUUGUUUCUAUA